GAAGGCGGCCUCUGAGAGCAGGCAGAGAAGCCUGGAGGUCCUUCCUCCUUUUCCCAGAAGCCUCUUCUUCUGCUUCCUUGGAAUGAGGGAGUGACGUCACCUGCAAGUUGGGAGGAAGAAGAGAAGAGAAGGAAGGAAGGCAGGAAGGCUUCUUGGGAGGAGGAGGGAAAUGAGAACCCUAUGAAGACACCUCUGGCAUGAUGAGAAAAUAUCAGUAUAUAGUGGAUAUUUGGAAAUUUGGAAACCAAAGUGCAGUAAUGAAGGAAGAAGGAAUAUAGAAAAUAUAGGAAGAAGAAAUCCUCACCAGGUGCUGAUCUUGCAGAACUCAUUUUGAUCAGAAAGAAAAAGGGAAGAUUCAAAUGUCCAUAUUGCAGUUGAUCAUAUACAUAACUGUCAACAUGGAGAAGGAAUGCUAUACAUGCCUUGAGUGUGGCAAGAGGUUCACUUGGAGGGCCCAUCUGCUGCGACAUGAAAGGAUUCACACUGGGGAGAAACCCUAUAAAUGCCUGGAGUGUGGACAAAGCUUCACUCACAGUGGAAAUCUACAUAGACAUCAAAGGACUCACACUGGGGAGAAACCCUAUAUGUGCCUGGUGUGUGGAAAGAGCUUCAUUGAGAGUGGACAUCUACGUUCACAUCAAAGGACUCACACUGGAGAGAAACCCUAUCAAUGCCUGGAGUGUGGAAAGGGUUUCACUCAGAAUGGACAUCUACAAUUACAUCAAAGAACUCACACUGGGGAGAAACCCUAUACUUGCCUGGAGUGUGGACAGAGCUUCACUGAGAGUGGAAAGCUACGUUCACAUCAAAGAAUUCACACUGGGGAGAAACCCUAUAAAUGCCUGGAAUGUGGACAGCGCUUCACUGAGAGUGGACAUCUACAGACACAUCAAAGGACUCACACUGGGGUGAAACCCUAUAAAUGCCUGGAGUGUGGACAGAGGUUUUCUCAGAGUUCAGGUCUACAUUCACAUCAAAGGAUUCACACUGGAGAGAAACCCUAUACGUGCUUGGAGUGUGGAAAUACCUUCACUAGUAGUUCAAGUCUACGUUCACAUCAGAUGACACACACUGGGGAGAAACCUUAUACAUGCCUGGAUUGUGGAAAGAGCUUCACUCAGAGUUCAGGCUUACGUUCGCAUCAAAGGACUCACACUGGGGAGAAACCCUAUAAAUGCCUGGAGUGUGGACAGAGCUUUGCUCAGAGUGGAAACCUACGUUCACAUCAAAGAAUUCACACUGGGGAGAAACCCUAUAAAUGUCUGGAGUGUGGAAAGGGCUUCACUGAGAUUGGACAUCUACAGUCACAUCAAAUAAUUCACACUGGGGUGAAACCCUAUAAAUGCGUGGAGUGUGGACACAGCUUAACACAGAGUGGAAGUCUACAUUCACAUCAAAUAAUUCACACUGGGGAGAAGAUCUAUAAAUGCCUUGAGUGUGGAAAGAGCUUUGUUCUGAGUUGAAAUCUGCAUAUACAUCAAAGGAGAAACCCUAUAAAUAUCUAGAGUGUGAACAGGGCUUCACUCAGAGUGGACAUCUACGUUUACAUCAAAGGACUCACACUGAGGAGAAACCUAUAAAGCCCUACACAGCUUCAGUCCAGGCUACUUGAGACACCUGUGUCGUACCACACAGACUGGGCAUACCUUUAAGGUCUAGCAAGAAGACUGUCUUCUCUACUCAGCACAGGGACAACCUACAGUUAAAAAUCACCAGCAAUGGCAUUUUUCAGGGGCGGCGGUAAAGCUUUGGAAUGCACUGUCAGAAGAAAUCAGAUCAGCUCCCACCCUCAUGUCAUUUAGAAAAGGAGUGAAGACCUUCCUGUUUGAAUCAGCUUUUAAUUGAAUCUCAACCUAAUCCUAGCACUUUGUUGUCAUAUGUGAAUUUUAGACUUAUUUAAAUUUAAUUUAGUUUAUUUUUAAUUCUCUAUAAGAUGGAUGAUGCUAUGGAGCAUCUAUGUAACUCUUUGAAGUUCUUUUAAUAAAUAAUUUUAUGUUACAUUGUAUAUUUUAAA